UUCCUCUAGGCCGCGUCGGCGCAGACGGCUUUCCCAGUGCGCCGGCGGCCGGGCCCUCUGCGCGCCUCACCCUGUCCCCGUCCCCGCCCCGGGGGCGGCCCCGCCGCCUGGGAAGGGAUGCGGAGAAGGUGCGUCCCUGCCCUCCCCUCGGCUCCCAGCGCUGGAGUGCCGGGCCCAGGACUCACCGCCGCCGGGACGUCACGAGGUGCUGCGCCCGUUAACCGUGAUCCUGCCACACCCACGCCGCAGGUGCCGGAUUUCCUGCCUGGAGCCCUGGUACCAGACUUGUGUGGCCAGCACCGCUGCCAGGACACAGAGCGUCCCCCUGGAUCCCGCUGCUGUGGCUACACCCACAGCCACCGCGCCCCCUUCCCUGGCCCCUGACAACUGCUGCCCACUCUCCGUCUCUCGUUUGUUGUGUUAAAGUCCCGUGAAGGGGAUCGUGCGGUGACUGAGGUCCCCGGGUCAUGUGCAGCCUUGGUUGAAGCUGAAAAUGUGUGUCUGAAAUGCAGAGACCCUUGGCCUGCCUCCCCCUGUGCUCCAGACGUGGAUCAUGAGGGCUUUGGGGAACAGUCCCGUCUGGAUGGUGCUUCCUUUCCUUCCCUUGCUGGCGGGAGGUGCGGAGCAUGAAGAGGUGGCAAGACACGCCAUCAAGUUGCACCGCGGCCGAGGGGCGGCCGUCACCCAGAGGAGGCAGUGGGUCCUCGACGGUUGCAGAAAGCUCUCCGGGCUUCUUCGCCAAAAGGCUGUGGUUCUUAACAAACUGAGAAAUGCCAUCAGAGCCGUGGAGCGAGACACGGGCCUGUCCGAUGAAGAGAGGCUCUUUCAGGUGCACACGUUUGAGAUUUUCCAAAAAGAGCUGAACGAGAGUGAAAACUCCGUCUUCCAGGCCAUCCACGGGCUCCAGAGGGCCCUGCAGGGGGACUACAGGGACGUGGUGAACAUGAAGGAGAGCAGCAGGCAGCGCCUGGAGGCCUUGCGGGAGGCGGCCAUCAAGGAGGAGGCAGAGUAUGUGGAGCUUCUGGCAGCAGAAAAACAUCAAGUUGAAGCUCUUAAAAAUAUGCAGCAUCAAAACAAAAGCUUAUCCAUCCUCGAUGAGAUUCUUGAAGACGUGAGAAAGGCGGCAGAUCGCCUGGAGGAGGAGCUGGAGGAGCACGCUUUCGAUGACAACAAGUCAGUCAAAGGGGUCAAUUUUGAGGCGGUCCUGCGGGUGGAGGAAGAAGAGGCCCGUUCCAGGCAGAACCUCACGAGGCAGGACGUGGAGGAGGGCCUGGGGCUGAGCGUGCUCAUCGACUCCCAGAGCAACCAGUACAUCCUGGCCAAGCCCAGAGAUGCCACCAUCCCACGGGCUGACCACCAUCUCCUAAAGGACAUUGUCACCAUAGGGAUGCUGUCCUUGCCUUGCGGCUGGCUUUGCACGACCAUAGGCUUGCCGACCAUGUUUGGGUACAUUAUCUGCGGCGUCCUUCUGGGGCCCUCGGGACUCAACAGUAUUAAGUCGACUGUGCAGGUGGAGACGUUAGGAGAAUUCGGUGUGUUCUUUACGCUCUUCCUCGUCGGCUUAGAAUUCUCCCCAGAGAAGCUGAGAAAGGUGUGGAGGAUCUCGCUGCAGGGGCCCUGCUACAUGACCCUCCUCAUGGUGGCCUUCGGCUUGUUCUGGGGACACUUUCUGCAGAUCAGACCCACUCAGAGCGUCUUUAUCUCCACCUGCUUGUCCCUGUCCAGCACACCCCUGGUGUCCAAGUUCCUUGUGGGCGGCACCCGCAGCGACAAGGAGGGUGACGUGGACUACAGCGCGGUGCUGCUGGGAGUGCUGGUGAUGCAGGACGUGCAGCUGGGGCUGUUCAUCGCCGUGCUGCCCACCUUCAUCCAGGCAGGGGCCGGCGCGCACUCCAGCGUCGCCGUGGAGCUCCUGCGGAUCCUGGCGCUGGUCGGGCAGGUCCUGCUCUCCCUCGCGGCCGUUCUCCUCUUCUGCCUCGUGCUGAAGGCUUGCCUGGUGGGCCCGUGUUUCCGGAGGCUGCACGCGGAGGGCAAGGGGAACAAGGAGCUCCUCACCCUGGGAACCUCCGCCUUCAUCUUCCUCAUGCUGACGGUCACGGAGCUGCUGGACGUGUCCAUGGAGCUGGGCUGCUUCCUGGCUGGAGCCCUCAUCUCCUCCCAGGGCCACGUGGUCGCCGAUGAGGUCCUGUCCUACGUGGAGCCCGUCCGGGAUUUCCUGGCCAUCAUCUUCUUCGCGUCCAUAGGCCUCCACGUCUUCCCCACCUUCGUGCUGUAUGAGCUCAGCGUCCUGCUGGUCCUCACGCUGUCGGUGGUGGUCAUGAAGUUUGUCCUGGCAGCCCUGGUCCUGUCUCUCCUCCUGCCCAAGACCAGCCAGUACAUCAAGUGGAUCGUGGCCGCAGGGCUGGCCCAAGUCAGCGAGUUCUCUCUGGUCCUGGGGAGCAGAGCACGCAGAGCCCGUGUCAUUUCUCGGGAGGUGUACCUUCUCAUCCUGGGUGUGACCACACUCAGCCUCUUGCUGGCCCCAGUGCUGUGGCGGGUGGCAAUUGCCAGGUGUGUGCCAAGGCCUGAGAGGAGGUCCAGUCUCUGAGGACUGCUGCUGUCAUCACCAUCUUGGGACCUUCUGCACUGGGAACAGAGCACUCUGCCCGAGGGCGUCUUCACAUCUGCCGCUUCUCAGACUUGCCGUGCUGCAGUCUCCCAGAGUCAGUUACUGCGUUCAGCCAAUUCCGCGCAGUGUAAGUGUAACACUGCGUUUUACGGGCCGUCUUGACUGUUGGGCCUGGAUGUGCCUUUUCUCUGAAAUGAGUGUUAACUCUCUAUUGUUGUUUCAUCAGUUCAUGUUUUUUUUGGUAAAGAAAGUUAGGAAGCUUCAUUAUUUAUUGUGCAACUUUACUGUUGUAAUCUGUUGGUCAAUAUUUGUUAUUAAACGUUUCUGUGGUAUGAAAUUUUAA